CCCGACACCGCCGGCAAAGCUGUCUGUUGAAACGUGCCCACCAGCUGACUUCACAAAUUUCCAACGAGCUGACCAUGUCGUUUUCUUUAAGUUCCGUUUUAAUAACUGACGAAAUUGACCAGAAAUGUGUCGACGUUCUGAAGAACAAUGGCAUUAACGUAGUCAAAAACACGAAGCUGUCAAAAGACGAACUGCUUGUGGAAAUUGCGAAGUACGAUGGCCUUGUGGUUCGAUCUGCCACCAAGGUGACAGCUGAUGUGAUUGAGGCUGCCACCAACCUGAAGAUCAUUGGUCGAGCUGGAACCGGGGUGGACAACAUUGACUGUGAUGCAGCUUCCCGCAAGGGCAUCAUUGUUAUGAAUACCCCAGGAGGGAACACACUGAGUGCAGCGGAACACACAUGUGCCCUGAUAUGUGCAUCGUCCAGACAUAUACACCAAGGUGACCGAGCCAUGAAGGGAGAGAACUGGGGGGAGCGCAAGAAGCUGAUGGGUUCCGAGUUAUACGGUAAAACUCUCGCCAUUAUUGGUCUGGGACGCAUUGGAAAGGAGGUGGCUCUCAGGAUGCAGUCCUUUGGUAUGACAACCAUAGGAUUUGAUCCCAUCAUCCCCGGUUCAGUGAGCGCAGAGUUCAACGUGGAGUGGAUGGCUCUGGAGGCGAUCUGGCCUAAGGCAGACUACAUCACCGUACACACCCCUCUGAUUCCACAAACAAGAAAUCUAAUCAACGAUAAGGUUUUCUCCCUGUGUAAGCGUGGUGUGCGGGUCAUCAAUGUUGCUAGAGGCGGUAUCAUAGAGGAGGAGGCCCUACUCCGCGCCCUCGAGUCUGGUCAGUGUGGUGGUGCUGGCAUAGAUGUGUACAGCUCAGAACCUCCCAAGGACUUCAGCUUGGCCAAACACAGGAAUGUAGUGGCGACACCCCACUUGGGUGCCAGCACUGUAGAGGCUCAACAGCGAGUGGCCGUGGAGAUAGCAGAGCAGUUUGUGGAUCUGGUGCAGGGGAAGAGCCUAUUUGGUGCUGUGAAUGCCCCUGCCCUGACCAAUGCCAUGGACGUAAACACCCAGCCCUGGAUAGAACUCGGCAAGAAACUUGGUGUGGUGGCGGCCGCAGUAAAUGACCAAAACAAGGAGUUCAGCGUUGCGUUAUAUGGUUCCAGUCUUGGUAAGUCAGCAGGCUCCUAUAUGACCGCUGCUGUGCUGGCAGGUCUCCUACAGAACUCCUCACUCCUUGGAGCUGGUGACAGCAGCAAACUCAACCUUGUCAGUGCCCCAGCCCUCGCUAAACAGUACGGUAUCAAUUCUAAAAGUACAUAUGAGGAGGCAGCCCCUGCCCCUUACAGUGCUCUGGUGAGUGUUGUGUUCAGUAAUGGAUUCCGUGUGUCUGGGACGACAUCGGGAGGCCAGGCUUUGUUGGUGGAAAUACAGGGUCAGAAAUUCCCCUCACCUGCCUGUCUCUGUGAUUCAGUCGUCGUCUUCCGGGGAACCUCCAACCCACAGCUCAUACCCAAUGUGGCAGGUGCCUUGGUCGGAGCUGGUGUAACAGUAACAAGUCUGAACACAUCCUUAGAGACUGAUGGACAGAAGUGGGGAGUGGCCACAUUUGCCACGCCACCCUCAGAAAGUUGCCUGGAGGCUCUGAAGUCUCUUGUCACGGCAGCCCGACUCAUCGCCUUCUAAGUACUGUACACGCUUCUUAAACAGCUCCACAGUGUUUCUGUGCAAUAGAGACAAACACUGCACUUAAUUAGGGCAAAUGUUGACUGGGUGGCAUAUUCCGUCUUUGCAUAUUGCAGAGUUAUCUGCUCUUGUGAGCAGGGAUUGAUUGUUACGUCAUUUGUUUGUGAGAGGAACGUCAUCAAUUUUUGAGAAAACGACGUGAUUUUCUCCCACACACCAAUGACUUAACAAUCAAUACCUGCUCACAAGAGAAGAUAACUCUGCAAUAUGCAAAGACGGAAUAUGUGAACUGAACACACAGCUUUACUGUUUCACAAAUGAGAAGACGUACAACUGGUCUGAGACGAAGACAGGAAUACUGUGGAAACUUGUCAGGUCAUGUCAAGAUCAUUUUCGGGAGAAACAGUUUAUUGAACAGACUGCUGGGUCGUGAUUUCCACUGUUUAUGCCGAAAUAUUCAAUUAUUUUAGUUGUCGCGCACAAAACUGGUCCCAUUCUACCAGCAUCUGUAAAAGGUAAACAGGUGCUCCUUAUAACACUUCUUAUCAAUGGAGAAGUGAAGUAAGGCAUUGCACUUCACUGCUUAUUUUAAAUUAUAAAACCUGAAAAUUUGGGGCAUAAGAACCUGGUAGUUAACAGAAGUGUUAUUGCCAGACUCUGGGGAGAGGUAAACUUGUAAUGGUGUUUGUAUUAAUCAUUCUAUUAUAGUCUACCAGGACUGCCAAUUGAUUGUUUUUUGCAAUUCACUUUUCAUUCUUACUCAACAUUUCUCAUGUUCUUUUUCUUUUGAGAUCUUCAUUUGUUAUUUAAUCAAGUGAUAUUUGCCAUCAGCUUCAUUUUUUAAAGCCAUUUUUUGCUUGAAACAAAGAAAAUUAUAAUUCAUUUUUUUUAAAUGAUAUCCGUCCUUACCUACAGGUGUACAAGUUUUUUGAACAAAAUAUAGAAUCUUUAGAUUAAUAUGUUACUGGAUUCCUGUCCUAUCUUGAAAGAACAUAAAUGAAUGUUCAUAUCUAAUUUACAGAAAGAGUUAAGGUUUUAUAAUGAAUUUACACAGUUUUCAGAUUGCAUUUAUACUAAAAUACCUUAGUUUAUAACUAAUUUGUUUCAUAAAUUUUAGACCCGGUGUUUAAUAUCAUGAAUCAUGUUAUAAAAGUUGUUCGUUUUGAUUAUGAUCAUAAUAAAAUUGCAACAGAAUCAGUUUUUAAGUUAGAAUCUCAGUUGAGUUCAGAAUCUCACGGGGUUGCUGUAUGCUAGGAAUCUUUUACCAUUAAAUAUUAGCCCUUCACAUAAAUGGUGUGUAUUCUAAGCUGUAGAUUUGCCAUCAUAAUGAAAAAUUACCCUGAUAUUGCAGUGGGUAAAAAACGUGAAAGUUAAAUUUUGGCAAAAAAUUUCCCAGUAUGCAGUCAUUUGAGAACAUGAAAGACUAGUCAUUGAGUAUAUUUUGUAAGUGCUAUAUGGUGUUGUAAUGCCACAUUUGAUGUUAUCCAUAAAUUAAAGUGCUUCCUUGUUUAUCAAGAAGGAUCAAAGUCUAUAUUUCUGUGCUGAUUGGACAUUGAAGUGUAAAUGGAGGGAAACGACAUCAUUAUCAUAGCAAAAAAAAUAGAUUUCCAAAGUCAUUUUCUAUGGAAAUUUGCAGAUGUUGCCAUUGAUUUUGGGAAUCUAUGUGCAUAUUUUUCAUUUGUUGGUUAGUGAGAUUAUUUAUCUGGAGCUAGACUUUUCCUGUGUAGCUUUGAUUUAACUUCAUCCUUAUUGGUCUAGAGCAUUAUUUUAUACCAUAAACUGUAUAAGCUUUAUUUUGGUGUAUUAUAAAUAAACUUUAUGUUUUGUUUGUUAAGUCAACACUUUAAAAUGAUCAAUAAAACAAUAAACAGAU